UGUCCUGAAUUAUUAAGCACGGGGUGGGCUCCGGAGCACAUGCUGAGCGGAGCGGCUGGGGCUGCGCGUGGCGGAGCAGCUGCUCCCUCGCUCACUCGCUCGCUCGCAGGGACACACGCAGGGGCUGACAGCUGUGCUGGUGCUGAUAAGGGAAGCCACAAGGAGACGAUCGAGGAGAGAGACAAGCGGCGGCAGAGGCGGCAGCGGCAGAGGCAGCACCAGGGCUGCGGAGCUGCUGGGAGUGGGAGUGACUCCCCCACCUCGGGCCCCCACCCUGUCCCUGUCCUCCUCCUGCUUGCCCUGAGUUUAGAAGAGCAGCCGCUGCCACCACCACCACUCCGGAGGGCACCGGGGCUGCUGGCCAGGGAGGGACAGGGGCAGGAGGCUCUGGCCAGUCCCAGCAGCUGGGGACAGAUGCCGAUCGAGAUUGUGUGCAAAAUCAAAUUUGCAGAGGAGGAUGCGAAACCCAAGGAGAAGGAGGCAGGGGAUGAGCAGAGCCUCCUGGGGGCUGCGCAGGGGGCAGCAGCACCCCGGGACCUAGCCACCUUUGCCAGCACGAGCACUCUGCAUGGGCUGGGCCGGGCCUGUGGCCCAGGCCCCCAUGGACUUCGCAGAACCCUGUGGGCACUGGCCCUACUCACCUCGCUGGCUGCCUUCCUGUACCAGGCGGCAGGCCUGGCCCGGGGCUACCUGACCUGGCCUCACCUGGUGGCAAGGGACCCCGCUGCCCCAGCCCCAGCGGCGGGCUUCCCAGCUGUCACCCUCUGCAACAUCAACCGCUUCCGGCAUUCGGCACUCAGCGAUGCUGACAUCUUCCACCUGGCCAAUCUGACAGGGCUGCCCCCCAAAGACCGGGACGGGCACCGUGCCGCCGGCCUGCGCUACCCAGAGCCCGACAUGGUAGACAUCCUCAACCGCACUGGCCACCAGCUUGCCGACAUGCUCAAGAGCUGCAACUUCAGUGGGCAUCACUGCUCCGCCAGCAACUUCUCUGUGGUCUACACUCGCUAUGGGAAGUGUUAUACCUUCAAUGCAGAUCCGCAGAGCUCCCUUCCCAGCCGGGCAGGGGGCAUGGGCAGCGGCCUGGAGAUCAUGCUGGACAUCCAGCAGGAGGACUACCUGCCCAUCUGGAGAGAGACGAAUGAGACAUCGUUUGAGGCUGGUAUCCGGGUGCAGAUCCACAGCCAAGAGGAGCCACCCUACAUUCAUCAGCUGGGCUUCGGCGUGUCCCCAGGCUUUCAGACCUUCGUGUCCUGCCAGGAACAGCGGCUGACCUAUCUGCCCCAGCCCUGGGGUAACUGCCGGGCGGAGAGCGGCCUCAGGGAGCCUGAACUUCAGGGCUACUCAGCCUACAGUGUGUCUGCCUGCCGGCUGCGCUGUGAAAAGGAGGCCGUGCUUCAGCGCUGCCACUGUCGGAUGGUGCACAUGCCAGGCAACGAGACCAUCUGCCCACCAAAUAUCUACAUUGAAUGUGCUGACCACACACUGGACUCCUUGGGUGGGGGCUCUGAGGGCCCGUGUUUCUGCCCUACCCCCUGCAACCUGACCCGCUACGGGAAAGAAAUCUCCAUGGUCAGGAUCCCCAACAGGGGCUCAGCCCGGUACCUGGCCAGGAAGUACAACCGCAAUGAGACCUACAUACGGGAGAACUUCCUGGUCCUAGACGUCUUUUUCGAAGCCCUGAGCUCUGAGGCCAUGGAGCAGCGAGCGGCCUACGGCCUGUCAGCCCUGCUGGGGGACCUCGGGGGACAAAUGGGCCUAUUCAUUGGGGCCAGUAUCCUCACACUGCUGGAGAUCCUUGACUACAUCUAUGAGGUGUCCUGGGACCGACUGAAGCGGGUGUGGCGUCGUCCCAAGACCCCUCUGCGGACCUCCACAGGGGGCAUCUCCACUUUGGGGCUGCAGGAGCUGAAGGAGCAGAGUCCCUGCCGAAGCCGAGGCCGGGCUGAAGGUGGGGGAGCCAGCAACCUGCUCCCCAACCACCACCACCCGCAUGGCCCCCCAGGAGGCCUCUUUGAAGACUUUGCUUGCUAAGAUGAUGCUGUGUCUGAAAGGACCCAGGAGUCUGGAACCCCUCCCUGAAUCCCCAAUGUAGUAUCCUCCUGCUUCUGGCACAGAAUGCCGGGGGACAGCCCAAGGCUAAGGGCGAGGGUGGUGGUGCUCACCGGAUGUACUCAGUUUCUGUUCUCUCCAACCCUGGCACCAGCUGCUUUCCAUGGUUCUUCUUGUUCACACUCCCCACCCCAAGGCUGGUGCCCAGGGAGGGCUGGAGAGCAGGCCCUGGGCCCUGGUGGAGGGGACAGGAGGGGAGAUGAGAGGGAGGUGGAGGAAGUGGCCCACCCCGGUAGGGGUGAAAUCCUCUGUACAUUUGUAUAUACUUAGGGAGGACAGGGUGGGGGUGGGGCUAUGGGGGGGGGUGAUUCAGGGGCAGCCAGGGUCCCAGCUCUCGAGUGUCAGUAGGAGAGGGUGGGCCCCCAGGAGUCAGGACUACUGGUCCUCUCCUAUUUCCUACUCCUCUCCAGGCCCAGCUCCCCUUUUGGCAGGGGGAGCAGGUGGCCCAGCAGGCCUGGCCCAGCUCCCAAUUCCCCCUGCCCCACCCCGACCUCAAGUC